AUGGUUUUUGUGGAGCUGGAGCAAUUUGGAGAGAUGGAUGUGAAGUUCAAGCAUAUCCUCCAAUGGAUGGAAACAGGGGCACACCCUUGUAACAUCCCAGUUCUCGUCAUACCAAGGAUCACUUCCUCAAUCCCCAGCAUAUUACACAUCACAAAAAACCAGGUCCUGUCUGUUGUGGCUGAUCUAGGCGGUCGGGGACUCAGUACUGAAACAGAACUCCCCGAGAUCAACUGCAGAUAUGUCACUCGUAGUCAGGAUGACUGGGACGUGGAAGAGUUUGUCUCGAAAACAUGCAUGGGGACAUUCCUCCAUCACCCAGCCUUCAGGCUGCUACUGGCCAGCUUCAUCAUCCUCAAUGCCAUCAUUAUUGCUGUGCGAACAGAGCCAACGUUAGAAGAGAAAUACUUUGGGUUCUUCUCAGCCAUAGAUAUGAUUGUCAUGUCUCUCCUUGUCUGUGAAGUACUCCUCAACUGGUACUAUGGCUUCUCCUUGUACUGGAAGGAUGGCUGGAACAUCAUAAAUUUUUUUAUUAUGCUACUUCUGUUCCUUGGCCUGAUCUUUACCGCACUGAAUGACAGAACAAUUGUCCACAUGCUCAGAGUCAUGAGACUGAUGCAUGUUUGCACCAUGGUGACUGGUCUGGCACGGAUGAUCCAGGUGAUCCUGCAGUCCAUUCCUGACAUGGCUAACAUCAUGAUCCUGCUUUUUGCCAUCAUGCUGGUCUUCUCUGUGUUUGGCGUUACCCUCUUUGGAAGCAUGGUCCCAAAUCAUUUUGGGAAUAUGGGGACUGCUUUGUACUCCCUUUUCAUCUGCAUAACACAGGAUGGGUGGAUCAACAUAUAUGAUGACUUUGCAGAUGAAGGUCUUGCCUUGGAGAUAGGCGGGGCUCUCUAUUUCUUCAUCUUCAUCACUUUUGGGGCCUUCAUCUUUGCAAAUCUGCUUGUGGCCGUGGUGACGACGAACCUAGAACGGUCUGUAAGUGAAUACAAAGAGAAGAGGCAGUCGGAAGCUCAUCUCCCUCUCACGAUGAACGAGGUUGGAAUGGACGAAGGCAGUGAUGAUGAUCUUGAACCAAGUCACCAUGAACCUCUGCAUGUAAGAGAGGUCAUGCGUGCUACACCCAUGGUGCACCACCAGAAUUUGCUUAGCCUUGGAAACUUGGGCAACCUGAACGAAGCCACCUGCGAAGAACUCUGCGUUGUCCUGGAAGCAAUCCACGAGAACCUGAAGGCGUACCGGGUGAUCCGGGAUGAGAUUGACCAAAUAGUCGAUGAAGUGAGGUCCAUCAAAUUCAAUGUAGAUCAGGAGCAAGAGGUUGUUCUGCGAAACAUCCGUGGAUCUACCAUCUCGGAGACUAUGCUUAAUGUGGAUCCCAAGCAACCAAAGGGUGGCGAUGUUCUCAGUACAAUGUUCAGUCUGGAGAAGAUGAGCCCGGACGUGGAAUUCCAAAAGGGAGGGGUGAAAUCAGCCGCCAUGAGAGUACGGCGGCAGUCUGCGACUCUGCCACCAAGCUCUGAGGACAGCACCCGCAAGCCGCCACCAAGCUCUGAGGACAGCAGCAGCAAGCCACAGGAUAGCUUGGCGGCCCUGGCAGCGGCCCGGAACCUGGCAGCUGCCCAGCCGGGAGCCCCAAGGAGCCGAGGGGGUCAGCAUUGCAAGUCGGCGGCAGCUCCAUGA